AUGCACCGUCGCGAAAUGAAAUUCCGAGCCAUUGUCCAUUACACUAUCCACCCAUCUUUUCCAUCAUUGUCUACUAUUUCAAUACGUGGUAAACUCAUUUUAGCAUCGUAUCUAUCUAUCUAUCUAUCUAUCUAUCUAUCUAUCUAUCUAUCUCUGAUAGCCUCUCACGCACAUAGGCAUAAGCACUGUCGGGAAAUGAGAUUCCGUGCCAUCGUCCAUUACACCAUCCACCACUCUUUUCCAUCACUGUCCACUAUUUCACUACAUGGUGUACUAAUUUUAGCAUCGUAUCUAUCUAUCUAUCUAUCUAUCUAUCUAUCUAUCUAUCUAUCUAUCUAUCUAUCUAUGAUCACCUCUCACAUACAUAGGCAUAUGCACCGUCGCGAAAUGAGAUUCGAAGCCAUUGUCCAUUACACCAUCCACCCAUAUUUUCCAUCAUUGUCUCCUAUUUCAAUACGUGUUAAACUAAUUUUAGCAUCGUAUCUAUCUAUCUAUCUAUCUAUCUAUCUAUCUAUCUAUCUAUCUAUCUAUCUAUCUAUCUAUCUAUCUAUCUAUCUAUCUCUGAUAGCCUCUCACACACAUAGACAUAAGCACCGUCGGGAAAUGAGAUUCCGUGCCAUUGUCCAUUACACCAAUCACCCAUGUUUUCCAUCAUUGUCUAUUAUUUCACUACAUGGUGUACUAAUUUUAGCAUCGUAUCUAUCUAUCUAUCUAUCGAUCUUUCUAUCUAUCUAUCUAUCUCUGAUAGCCUCUCAAACACAUAUGCAUAAGCAACGUCUCGAAAUGAGAUUCCGAGCCAUUGUCCAUUACACCAUUCACCCAUCUUUUCCAUCAUUGUCCACUAUUUCACUACAUGGUGUACUAAUUUUAGCAUCGUAUCUAUCUAUCUAUCUAUCUAUCUAUCUAUCUAUCUAUCUAUCUAUCUAUCUAUCUCUGAUAGCCUCUCACACUCAUAGGCAUGAACACGGUCGCGAAAUGAAGUUCCGAGCCAUUGUCCAUUACACCAUCCACCCAACUUCUCCAUCAUUGGGUAAUAUUUCAGUACACGUUGUACUAAUUUUAGCAUCGUAUCUAUCUAUCUAUCUAUCUAUCUAUCUAUCUAUCUAUCUAUCUCUGAUAGCCUCUCACGCACAUAGGCAUAAGCACCGUCGCGAAAUGGGAUUCCGAGCCAUUGUCCAUUACACCAUCCACCCACCUUUUCUAUCACUGUCUACUAUUUCAAUACAUGUAAAACUAAUUUUAGCAUCGUAUCUAUCUAUCUAUCUAUCUAUCUAUCUAUCUAUCUAUCUAUCUCUGACAACCUCUCACACACAUAGGCAUGAACACUGUCGCGAAAUGAUGUUCCGAGCCAUUGUCCAUUACACCAUCCACCUAUCUUUUCUACCAUUGUCUACCAUUUCAAUACGUGUAAAACUAAUUUUAGCAUCGUAUCUAUCUAUCUAUCUAUCUAUCUAUCUAUCUAUCUAUCUAUCUAUCUAUCUAUCUAUCUAUCUCUGA